GCCCGGCCCCGCCGCUGCCCCGGCGCCGGGGGAGGCUUGGCGAGGUGCAGGGCGCGCUUCGCCGGGGCGGGGGGGUUUGUUUGUUUGUUUCCUGCCCCAUCGCAUUUUUAUGAUCGCGAAGAGGAAGAAGCCUUCAGGUCAGCCGGAGAACUGCUGGUCCGGCGGCGGGCGGACAAGGGCUCCUUUGAUCGGCGGCGAGCGGCGGGCGCGGGCGGCGGGGAGCGCCCCGGGCUCUGAUGUCCCGGCGAUGCGGGCGCCCCGCGGCCCCGCCGCUGCCCGCGGGCGCUGAGCCGCGCCGGCGGCUGCCCGGCACGGCCCCGCCAGCCUGAGCCGAGCCCGAGCCCGAGCCCGAGCCUAAGGCUGAGCUCCCGCCCGAGCGUGAGCCCAAGCGCCAGGCUGCGCCGCCUCCCCCCGGGCCCCGCGGGCGCGGACCCGCCGGCUCGGGGCGCCCCCGCCGCCUCCGCCCGGCGCCGCCCGGGGAUGUGCGAGGCGGCCCCGCGGCCGGACCCCUGCGAGCGCCAGCGGACGCUGGGUUAUGGGCAAGUCAGAAAGCCAGAUGGAUAUAACUGAAAUGAAUGCUCCAAAACCAAAGAAGAGGCUGGGAUGGAGUGGCCUGGAGGUCGGGCUGGCGGUGCUGGUGGUGCUGCUGGCCGUGGUGGCCGUCACCAUGAUCGCCCUGUACGCCACGUACGACGAUGGGGUUUGCAAGACACCAGACUGUAUCAAAUCAGCCGCGCGGAUCCUGGAGAACAUGGACCCCAGCGCCAGGCCCUGCCACGACUUCUACCAGUACGCCUGCGGGGGGUGGCUCAAGAGGAACGUCAUCCCCGAGACCAGCUCCCGUUAUAGCAACUUUGACAUUUUGAGAGACGAACUAGAAGUUGUUUUAAAAGAUGUCCUCGACACCCCCAGCACCAGCGACAUCCCAGCAGUGCAGAAGGCAAAAACUCUCUACAGGUCCUGCAUAAAUGAAACUGCCAUUGAUAGGAGAGGUGGAAGGCCUCUAAUUAAUUUAUUGCCAAAUGUGUCUGAGUGGCCUGUAGCAACAACUAACUGGGAUGCUUCCUAUGGUACUGCUUGGACAGCUGAGGCAGCUAUUGCACAGCUCAACUCCAGAUAUGGAAAAAAGGUCCUUAUUAAUUUUUUUGUUGGCACAGAUGAUAAAAAUUCCACAGCCCAUAUCAUUCACAUUGAUCAGCCUGGGCUGGGCCUGCCUUCUCGGGACUACUACGAGUGCACUGGUGCAUACCAAGAGGCAUGCUCUGCUUAUGUUGAUUUCAUGAUUUCUGUAGCUAAACUAAUCCUACAAGAAAGAAAUAUUUCUUUCAAUGAGAAUGAGAUUUCUUCACAAAUGAGAAGAGUUAUGGACCUGGAGAAAGAGAUUGCCAAUGCAACAACAAAAUCUGAAGACAGAAAUGAUCCACUUCUGAUGUACAAUAAAAUGACCUUGGCACAACUCCAAAACAACUUCUCACUGGAAAUCAAUCAGAAGGCGUUCAACUGGUCAAAAUUCAUAAAUGCUAUCAUGUCCACUGUCCAAAUCAACGUUGACAACACGGAACAUGUCAUUGUUUAUGACCCUGACUACCUUCUCAAGCUCAGGUCUAUUCUCGUAAAAUACUCUUCCAGAGACCUUCAGAAUUACAUGACCUGGCGUUUUGUGAUGGAUCUUGUCAACAGCCUCAGCCGUGACUACAAGGACACGAGGAAUGCUUUCCGUAAGGCGCUGUAUGGCACCACGUCCGAGAGUGCCGCGUGGCGCCGCUGCGCCAACUACGUCAACGGGAACAUGGAGAGCGCCGUGGGCCGGCUCUACGUGCAGGAGGCCUUUGCUGGGGACAGCAAGCUCGUGGUUGAAGAAAUGAUUGCAGAUAUACGUGAUGUUUUUAUAAAAACCUUAGAUGAACUUCCCUGGAUGGACGCAGAGACCAAAAAGAGAGCAGAACAAAAAGCGACAGCAAUUAGAGAGAGGAUUGGUUAUCCCGAUGAGAUCGUGACAGACGACAACAAGCUCAACAGUGAGUACCAGGAGCUGAACUACAAAGAAGAAGAAUACUUCGAAAACAUUAUUCAAAAUUUAGUGUUUACCCAGAAGAAAAGGUUGAAAAAGCUUAGAGAAAAAGUGGACAAAGAGGAGUGGAUAAGUGGAGCUGCUGUUGUCAAUGCUUUUUACUCAGCAAGUAGGAAUCAGAUAGUCUUCCCUGCGGGCAUUUUGCAGCCCCCUUUCUUCAGUGCCUCCCAGCCCAAAUCCCUGAAUUACGGCGGCAUAGGGAUGGUCAUCGGGCACGAGAUCACGCACGGCUUUGACGACAACGGCAGGAAUUUUAAUGAGAACGGAGACCUUGUGGACUGGUGGACUGAAGAAUCAGCACGGAAUUUCAAGGAGCUGUCCCAGUGCAUGGUGUACCAGUAUGGGAACUUCUCGUGGGACCUGGCAGGUGGACAGAACCUGAGUGGAAUCAACACACUAGGAGAAAACAUUGCUGAUAAUGGGGGUGUGAGACAAGCAUACAAGGCUUAUGAAAACUUUGUGAGAAAACACGGAAAAGAAAAACUUCUUCCUGGUCUCGACCUGAACCACAAACAGCUGUUUUUUCUGAACUUUGCACAGGUGUGGUGUGGAACGUACAGACCAGAGUAUGCCGUGAACUCCAUCAAGACAGACGUGCACAGCCCGGGCAAAUUCAGGGUCCUGGGAUCACUGCAGAACUCCCCCGAGUUUUCAGAAGCCUUUUCAUGCACCACGAGAGACAACAUGGAUCCUGCCAAGAAGUGCCGCGUUUGGUGACAGACUGCAAACCUCACAUCUCCAGGAGCUUUCCAGGAAAAAGGCCUAUUCCAGUCGAUUUUGAGAAGGGAGGAGGGAAGAGAACUGGGGGGAGUGUGCUAGAGAGAUGGCUGUAAUCCUUGGUGAAAGUGAACAUGCAAACCCAAAUCAUUCCCCAUCAUGAAGAAGGACUGAGGCAGCGCCUGGCUGCUCCUCCCUAGCGCCCCGCAGGCCCUGACUCACCUGGCAGUGCACAGCCACACUGCAGUGCAGCUCUGGCAGUGCACAGCCACACUGCACUGCAGCUCUAACCCUGCCCCUGACUCACGUGGCAGUGCACAGCCACACUGCACUGCAGCUCUAACCCUGCCCCUGACUCACCUGGCAGUGCACAGCCACACUCCAGGGCAGCUCUGGCAGUGCACAGCCACACUGCACUGCAGCUCUAACCCUGCCCCAGGCCCUGACUCACCUGGCAGUGCACAGCCACACUGCAGUGCAGCUCUGGCAGUGCACACUCCAUUGCAGUUCUAGCCCUGCCCCGCAGCCAGGGGCUCCUGGAUUCUGGGUUUCAAAUGGCAAAGUCUGACACAUGACCUCUGCCUGGUCGGUGAAGGCAGGUCUCAGAUCAGGGAGGAAGGAAGUUCACAGUAACACACAUUUUAGCCAUCAUAACACCGGAGAGAUGACAGUUUAUACCCCAGUGUCAGACUUUGUACCCUCUGCUCUUACGGCAAAUCUGUUCUACCAAAUGUUUUCAUUUUUACUUGAAACCGUUUAUAAAAGAGAAGUCCAAAGAUGGCUGUACUUAAGUAAUUUCUCACUAAUUACUGCAGUGUGUAUUACCUGAAGUCCUUAUUUACAACAGUUAAUUUACAGCUUUCUGGCCCAAGUGAAAUAGUAGGUAAUUUAUUAAUUUCUGUACCUAUAAUCUGUAAGAUUGUGAUCAAAGACCCUUUCACCAUUUUCUAAGCUUUUUCUUGCUUUCUCUAAAGUUGCUCUUUUUUAAAGUUUCUAGUAAUGUAUAAAUCAUAGUUUUUAUAUUUAAAUCUUGAGCUACACUUUUGACUUGAAGUAUUGUAACAUAUUUUCUCAGUGGCUAUGUAGAACUGGGCAGUUGGAGUAAAGCAUGGUAUCGGGCAAUAAGACAAAGCCUACAAAAGCGAGUUCUCCAAUGGAGGGCACAAACAUUGGAGUUUUCAGACUGACUCUGUCAGUGCUGCGGCUCCGAUCCUGCACAUAACUUGUACCUGUUCUGAUCAAUGUCAAUCCUCACAUCGGGAAAGCUGCACAGCUGAUUGCAAGAGUCUGAAGGAGCUUUAAGAGGGUAAAAGGCUUUAAAUCUGCAAUAAUAUGUAUUAAACAUCCUCAUGCAGAUUGCAAAGAAACUUACUGCUUUGUUUAUCAAAGCAAAGACAUUUUCAAAUCAAGUACCAGAUACCUCAGAUGACUGCUACAAUAGGUCUAUUUAAAAACCUAUGUCCUUUUAGCUUUCUGAGUUUGUCAUCUGAUCAAAACAUUUUGAUAAUAAACUGAAAUUAUGAGCCAAA